UCUGACGACGCCUGGCGUUGCCAGCGGAACGCGCAGCACAGGCCGAUAGCCGACCAGACGUACAACCUCAACGGUGACUAUUCCAGCGGUACACUUAGUCACCUGCACCUGGGGCCCACAAGCAGCAUCGAUCACAAAAAGCCCUGCAGAAGCCGCGCUGGAAUGGUGGAGGCAUCUGCAAGUUUACAAUGCGGAGCCAGGAAUCCUCAGACCACGUGGUUUCAUCAAAGCAACACGCAGUACUACCCGACUGCAGGCACAUCCACCAUCCAGGGGUAUGCACACGACAGAGAAACCGGAAGCACCAGUUUCACACUUCCAUUCUACAGCAGCAGUGGCGGUGGAAAAUACGCAGUGGCCAGUACAAGCCACGUGGGCACGGAGGAAGCAUCGGGAAUUCUGGGAAAUGAUGCUAGAAUUCCUGACGCCACCAGCGCUGAGCCAUGGAGUACGCAGUACUACGCAGCUCGUGGCACAACUACAGUCUCCGGCCAUACACAUGUCACUGAAGGUGGAAUCACCAGUUCCCCGCCUAUGGUGUCCAGCAGCAGUGUCAAUCACGCACAGCCCAGUACAAGCCGCGCUGGCAUGGAGGAAGCAUCGGCCGUUCCGGAAAACAUCGCUAUGAAUGCUCCUGGAACAGGAGGAACAGAACAGCGAGAGUUGUGCGGUGUCUGUGGCACUGUAUCGAGCAGACCGGACGCCUUUCACGGGCACGCCAAGGAACACACGGAUGACACAGCCCAGAUUUGCAAAGCCUGUGAUCAAUCGUCUGCGAAGAUGUCUAAGUCUGUCGAGCAUUGCCGCAACCUCACUGGCAAAAAACACAAAUGCGAAGCCUGUGGCAAACACUUCCACCGGGCUUAUGAUCUAGCUCAACAUCAGUGUGCGGACACAGACGAGAGACCCUACAAAUGCAAUAUGUGUCAAAAAUCGUUCCGGCAUUCUUAUAAUCUAAAAAUCCAUAAGCGCACUCAUACAGACGAGAGACCCCACAAAUGUCAAAUAUGCGCUAAAUCGUUUCGGCAGUCUAGUCAUCUAGAUAACCAUAAGCGCACCCAUACAGACGAGAGACCCUACAAAUGCCAAAUAUGUAAUAAAUCGUUCCGGGAGUCUGGUCACCUAGAUAACCAUAAGCGCCAGCACACAGGUGAGAAACCCUACAUUUGCAAAACAUGCGGUAAAUCAUACGCACGGGCGGAAAGUCUGCAUAGGCAUGAGCACGCUCACGCAGAGGAGAAACCUCAUGCAUGCCAAAAAUGUAGUAAUCAUUUGAAAGCAAGUAUAACCUCAAGGGACAUGUAGACUACCAAUGUGAAGACAGCGCUUUUGUUUGCGAAAUCUGUGAUCGAUUCUUUAUGAACAAUUCGACUCAUCUUCGUCACCGCCGAACAAAGCACGUGGAUAGAACACCGCAUGAGUGUACGCAUUGCGGUUGUCGUUUUGCAGACAACGAAACACGCGAUAGGCAUGUGUGCCAGAAGGAACGCAAGAUGUGAACGAUGCCGUCUGGUUUUUCGAAUAUGCGCGACAAGACCUCGACGCCAGAAGUAUUUUGAUUGCCUCAAUAUCGAAAAACAGUGCAGGUCUUGGCCAGCGCUCACUGUUCCGUGAACUGUGUUGUUGGUGAACGUCGCUUAAACCAACUGACUUUCAGAUAAACCCUAAUUGGCUGCAAGAUAGUGUUUUGUGUAAUUAGAUGCUGAAAUCUCCA